AGACAAGCGCAUACCGUCGCCCGUUCGGCCGCUCGUCCCCGUCUUCAGCAACAGCCAUGGGGGGCUCUCAACACCACCCUCGCGCCCCAGCAGCAGCGCCGUACCAUCUUCAUCCAGACCGAAAACACGCCUAACCCGGACUCGCUCAAGUUCCUGCCCAACCAAAAGGUCAUCCCGGACUCGAUCAAGACGCCCUUCAUCGAGUACAUGAACGCGCGUAGCACCAUUGCGCCACCGUACCCUUCGCCGCUGGCCGCGCAGCUCAUGAACAUCGAGGGAGUCACCUCAGUCUUCUACGGCACCGACUUUAUCACGGUGACCAAGUCGGCCGACGCCAACUGGGCGCACAUCCGCCCGGAGGUGUUUGCACUCAUCACCGAGACCAUCACGUCGGGCCAGACGAUUGUCAACGUGGUGGAGCGCAAUGAAGGGGAGGAAUCCACGCAAGAGUCGGACGAGAAGGAUAGCUUGGCGUACGACGAGAACGACAGCGAAGUGGUGGGCAUGAUCAAGGAGCUGCUGGAGACAAGGAUCCGCCCCGCGAUCCAGGAGGACGGUGGCGAUAUCGAGUUCCGCGGGUUCGAGGAUGGAAUCGUCAAGCUCAAGCUGCGCGGAGCAUGCCGGACGUGCGACUCGAGCACAGUGACGCUGAAGAACGGAAUUGAGGGCAUGUUGAUGCACUACAUUGAGGAAGUCCAAGGCGUCGAACAGGUACUUGACCCCGAAGAAGACAUAGCAUUGCAGGAGUUCCAGAAAUUCGAGGAAAAGUUGUUGAAGCAAAAGGGCGAAGUCCCUCCCACCACCGUAGGGAAGGACUCCUUGGAUUCUGUCCCUGGCUAA